AUGGAUGUGGUCUCUACGAGUGCCAUGCUCUCACAGGUGUUCUUUUUUCUGCACUUUGUUACUUUGACACUUGGCCAGUAUGACAUAUGCAAGUCGCUGGUUAGUAUGGAUGAUGGACAAACAUGGGAGUUUUACGCAUGCCAGCCCAAACCCAUGGCUAUGAAGGAGUUCAUGCAAAUUACGGUGGAUCCCCCUGGCAUCACUUGCGGCAAUCCCCCGGAGAGGUUCUGUACUCUGGUAAGUUUCAGUUUUAUGAUUUUUACAAUAGGCCUAAACUUUGUUGAAGUGUUGUCUCUAUAACAGAAAACUGACAUGGAAGUAAUUGUUAAUUAGGAUUUGGGUAUGGUAUCUGAUCCUUUUACCUCAAGCUAAUGGCAGGACAAUGUUGGCAUGACAUUGUAUCUUUUCUAUGAGACAACUCAGGACAGAAGAGUUGAAACCUACUUUUAGUACUUUUUAUUAUAGUGAAAAAUGUAAACAAAAGACUUAAAGACAAUUCAAAUUUAGUGUGGAAUCCCAAUCACUGUCUCAAUAAAUACACCAAUAUAUAAUAUAAUAUAAUAACUUAAUUAUAUAAAAUAAACAUACUCUAUAUUUUAUAUAAAUAUUAAAUAUUAUUUGAAUUUAAUAUCACUAUAUGAAAAAUAUCUAGCAGCAGCAAUAUACUUUGAAUCAUUUUUUUUGCUUUGAUCUGCUGUUUUCAGGGUGUAACAGAAAAUCAGAAAACACUUUUUAUCUUCAAAAUCGUCUGGUAAUUAAAUAUUAGUACAUUGUACACAAUGUUACACAGGUUUAUGAAUCAAUACAGUAAUGUAUUACCUGACGGAUGCAUACUAAAACACACUGAGUCUAUCUCUGGUUAUUUAACUAAGUAAAAAUGUGUUUGAUUCUCAAACAAUAUUAUUAGAUUAGGUUUGUUUUGUGUUUGUGGAACUGUGCCUUCCUACGGGACUCCCGCCUGGAGUGAUACUACCCUAAUUUAUAAUAGGGCUGGGAAUUGCCAGGGACCUCAUGAUAUGAUAUUAUCACGAUACUUAAGUGCUGAUAUGAUAUGUAUUACGAUUCUCACGAUUCUAUAUAUUGCAACCUGAUACUGUGUUUUGAUGUUCCAAACAUAUUGUUCACUAUACUGUCUGUCUGCUGCAGAGAGACGAGAGAUAGCAUGAGAAAAUUAGCUUUGAUCAGUCAUGGAAAUAGAAGUGCUAAAAAUAUGUUGGCUCACUAUUUAAAAAUAAGAUAGAGAAGAAGCUAUAGGAUGAAAAAUACCAGAGUUUUGGCACAGGUACAGCUGACUAGAUAUUAUUUUUAUUUUUAACUAAUCGAUACUUGGAGUCAAGAAUCGUUAUCGUCCCAAAAUAAUAUUGCCAUAUGUAACUGUAGCGAUUUCCCCCACCCCCAUCACUAAUUUAUAACAAACAUUGUUUAACAGGACACACUACACUAUGGGACUAUGAGAGCGGCACUAUCAUGAGCUCAUGUGAAUGGUAUAGGGCUACAUGUACAUUUAUUUGUUGUAUUUUGUGUUCUGUAAAGCUAUAAGCUUGUAUAUAGAGUACCAGUCAAAAGUUUGGACACACCUACUCAUUCAAGGGUUUUUCUAUAUUUUUACUAUUUUCUACAUUGUAGAAUAAUAGUGAAGACAUCAAAACUAUGAAAUAACACAUAUGGAAUCAUGUAGUAACCAAAAAAGUGUUAAACAAAUCAAAAUAUAUUUUAUAUUCUUCAAAGUAGCCACCCUUUGCCUUACUGACAGCUUUGCACACGCUUGACAUUCUCUCAACCAGCUUCAUGAGGUAGUCACCUGGAAUGCAUUUCAAUUAACAGGUGUGCCUUGUUAAAAGUUCAUUUGUGGAAUUUCUUUCCUUCUUAAUGUGUUUGAGCCAAUCAGUUGUGUUGUGACAAGGUAGGGAUGGUAUACAGAAGAUAGCCCUAUUUGGUAAAAGACCAAGUCCAUAUUAUGGCAAGAACAGCUCAAAUAAGCAAAGAGAAACGACAGUUCAUCAUUACUUUAAGACAUGAACUUUGAACGUUUCUUCAAGUGCAGUCGCAAAAACCAUCAAGCGCUAUGAUGAAACUGGCUCUCAUGAGGACCGCCCCAGGAAAGGAAGACCCAGAGUUACGUCUGCUGCAGAGGAUAAGUUCAUUAGAGUUAACUGCAGCUCAGAUUGCAGCCCAAAUAAAUGCUUCACAGAGUUCAAGUAACAGACACAUCUCAACAUCAACUGUCCAGAGGAGACUGCGUGAAUCAGGCCUUCAUGGUCGAAUUGUUGCAAAGAAACCACUACUAAAGGACACCAAUAAUAAGAAGAGACUUGCUUGGGCCAAGAAACACGAGCAAUUAGACCGGUGGAAAUCUGUCCUUUGGUCUGAUAAGUCCAAAUGUGAGAUUCUUGGUUCCAACCGCCGUGUCUUUGUGAGACACAGAGUAGGUGAACGGAUUAUCUCCGCAUGUGUGGUUCCCACCGUGAAGCGCGGAGGAGGAGGUGUGAUGGUGUGGGGGUGCUUUGCUGGUGACACUGUCGGUUAUUUAUUUAGAAUUCAAGGCACACUUAACCAGCAUGGCUACCACAGCAUUCUGCAACGAUAUGCCAUCCCAUCUGGUUUGUGCUUAGUGGGACUAUCAUUUGUUUUUCAACAGGACAAUGACCCAAACACCUCCAGGCUGUGUAAGGGCUAUUUGACCAAGAAGGAGAGUGAUGGAGUGCUGCAUUAGUUGACCUGGCCUCCACAAUCCCCCGACCUCAACCCAAUUGAGAUGGUUUGGGAUGAGUUGGACCGCAGAGAGAAGGAAAAGCAGCCAACAAGUGCUCAGCAUAUGUGGGAACUCCUUCAAGACUGUUGGAAAAGUAUUCCAGGUGAAGCUGGUUGAGAGAAUGCCAAGAGUGUGCAAAGCUGUCAUCAAGGCAAAGGGUGGCAAAGGGUGAAUCUCAAAUAUAAAAUAUAUUUUGAUUUGUUUAACACUUUUUUGGUUACUAGAUGAUUCCAUAUGUGUUAUUUAUUCUACAGUGUAGAAAAUAGUAAACAUAAAGAAAAACCCUUGAAGGAGUAGGUGUGUCCAAACUUUUGGCUGGUACUGUAUGUGUAAGCUCAGUUUUUUUGGGAAGGUGCUGACAAGGGUCUAAGAGAGGCUGACAAUUUUGCUGUGGGCAGCUAGUUGGCUUGAUUGUAGAAUAAACAGAUGUAUAAUUUCUCCAGUUGGGCUGUACUACAUGGGGACACUGUGAACUGUAGGACUACAACAAAAGGACAAAUCAUAUUUGGAACCCAUGAAGAGAGGAGGUCACAGGUCAAAUAAUGAUCACACAGCAUAACAUGUACACUUUGAUACUAUGAUAUCUGCAACUUCUGGUGAUCAAUUGUUAUAUAGCCAUAUACUCACUCACUCUGAUUUGAGCAUCUGUCUUUGUGUUUAGUGACAAGUCACUAACACUAAUACAAUAUGUAGCAUCCACCUGGUUAAUGUUCACAGCAGCUUUCUUUGUGCCAGAUUGCAAACCCAGGAUUGGCUGUGGUAGUGGAGAGGUUUGGAUGGAUUGUGCCAAAUUGAAAGGGGGAUAAUUAGAGAUAGCCAUGAAAACAUGAGCCAGGUUGCAACAUCGAGCCUAACACCCUGUCUCUUAACAUGAUUGAUACAGGAUCUUUAGAGGCCACAGGGAGUCCAGACAGACAGUCAGAUUUUAAGUGUCAUCCAAAGGAAGGCACCUUUUGCAGGGUUGGUAGUAUUCUCAUCACUGCCCCGCGGGGAAAUUGGAUCUCCUUACACCCCCCAACAGGCCCUCUAACAUCAACUCCAGCAGCAACUUGAUUUUGCUAGGCAGUCUCUCUUCCAAGCCCUAACCAGGCCCAACCCUGCUUAGCUUCAAACGGAAGCCAGGGAUGCGGCAGGGUGGUGUGGUUGUUGCCAUAAGCCUACUACCGGUAGCACCAAUCUGAUUGUUAAUGAACAUUGACUAAAGUGAAAGACUUCUUAGCUUCUCUUUAGCCCCAAAGUAGUCAUGAACAUUUUAUGAGACGUAAAGUGGACUGCUGUUGACUGUGCUGUUGAAGAAUGAAGACUUAGCGUCAGUGUGCUUCUAUGGCAAGAAGCCCGUUGGUAAAUGACCGUUCCUCCAGUGGUCUGACCACUGACCAUUUAACUUAUGGAAAGGUAAACAUCCCAUACAGCUAGGCUACAUUUACACAGGCAGCCCAAUUCAGAUCUUUUGCCAAUUAUUUGCAUAUCUGAUAGCUAUCUGAUCUGUUCCCUAAUGUGUAAAGAGCAAAAAAACACAUGGAAUCAGAUCUUUUGACUUCGAUUUAUACCACUUCCAUAUGUGGAUCUGAAUCCUGAUGCAAACCCGAUCCUCCAUAUGUGACCUCUGUCUGGACAUUCAGAUCAGAUUUUUUGGCACUGACGUGUUUAAAAAAAUAUGUGCACAUGACCUGCCGUUACACACAUGACCUGCCAUGACAACCACCCCAAAAUGUUAAGGAACAGCGACAGGAAAUGAGCAUUGCAUCUGUGUGCUACUGCAGAGGCUACAUCAGUGUGAAUGAGAAUAUGUGUCACUUGUAAAACUGAGUGUGGACAGUCAGAAAAAAAUAUUGGAUAUACAAGAUUCCAGAAAUGUUCCAUAUGCACAAAAAGCUUAUUUCUCUAAAAUGUUGUGCACAAAUCUGUUUACAUCCCUGUAAGUGAGCAUUUCUCCUUUGCCAAGAUAAUCCAUCCACCUGACAGGUGUGGCAUAUCAAGAAGCUGAUUGAACACCAUGAUCAUUACACAGGUGCACCUUGUGCUGGGGACAAUAAAAGGCCAAUCUAAAAUGUGCAGUUUUGUCACUCAACACAAUGCCACAGAUGUCUCAAAUUUGAGGGAGCGUGCGAUUGGCAUGCUGACUGCAGGAAUGUCCACCAGAGCUGUUGCCUGAGAAUUUAAUGUUAAUUUCUCUACCAUAAGCCGCCUCCAACGUCAUUUGAGAGAAUUUGGCAGUACGUCCAACCGGCCUCACAACCGCAGACCACGUGUAACCACGCUAAGCCAGGACCUACACAUCCGGCUUCUUCACCUGCGGGAUCGUCUGAGACGAGCCACCCGGAUAGCUGAUAAAACUGUGGGUUUGCACAACUGAAGAAUUUCUGCACAAACUGUCAGAAACCGUCUCAGGGAAGCUCACCUGCGUGCUCGUCGUCCUCACCUGGGUCUUGACUUGACUGCAGUUCGGCGUCGUAACCGACUUCAGUGGGCAAAUGCUCACCUUCGAUGGCCAUUGGCACGCUUGAGAAGUGUGCUCUUCACAGAUGAACUCCGGUUUCAACUGUACUGGGCAGAUGGCAGACAGUGUCGUGAGGGCGAGCGGUUUGCUGAUGUCAAUGUUGUGAACAGACUGCCCCAUGGUGGAGUUAUGGUAUGGGCAGGCACAUCUCUGUGGCUCAGAGGCGCCUGCAAUUAAAGGGACAGUUAACAAAAAAGUUACAUUAAAGGGACAGUUAACUAAAAUGUUACGUUAAAGGGACAGUUAACAAAAAAUUGUCUGAAACAUGAGCCUUUUCUACAGUAUCUGUGACCAACAGAUUCUUAUCUGUAUUCCCAGGCAUGUGAAAUCUAUAGAUUAGGGCCUAAUUAAUUCAUUUCAAUUGACUGAUUUAAUUAUAUGAACUGUCACUCAGUAAAAUCUUUGAAAUUGUUGCAUGUUGCGUUUAUAUUUUAGUUUAGUUUAGAAAGAAAAUCAGAUCUGGGUUUUCAGGGUGGCUGUGUAAAGCGAAAGGGAAAGGGGGAUAUCUAGUCAGUUGUACAACUGAAUGCAUUCAAUUGAAAUGUGUCUUCCGCAUUUAACCCAACUCCUCUGAAUCAACACAGCCUAUGCAAUGCAGAUUGUAGCCUACAUAAAUGACAUAUUAUGUACUUUAGAUAUUGAGUGCACUCAAUUGACAACCUUUCGUAAAGCAACUUCAUUGAUUAGAAUAAGCCAUCCCCCUAUUGAGUAUGUUGGCUUUCCUUGGAAAAGUUUUCCAGCCCAUGAAUGAUUUAGAGCAAAUACUGUAUCUGUCAAUGUAGGCCCACAGGAGAUGCCGUUGCAUUUUUACUCAGUGCUUUGCUUAGCUCCCCCCCCCCCCCCCCCCCCCCCCCCCCCCCAUGCAUGAUGUUGCUGAUGCUGGGAACAGAACAGACUCUGUAUGUAGCAUUGCUUAAUGAGAGGAGGAAAGAGGUAAAGUAAUACUGAGAGAGGGAGGGAGGGAGGGAGGGAAUUAGAAUGGAGGGAAUGAGGGAGGGAGGGAGCUAAGCAAAACACCAAAAUCCGACCCACUUCUGAUGUAAUUAUACACACAUUGAAAGACAAAGAGAGGAGACAGACAGUGUCCAUAUGUGAAGUGAAGCAUCACUGCCACUCUCAAUCCUAUGAGCUCAAAUUAUUAUUUAUCAACAUAAAUGCCCUAGAUUGCAGUUGUACAUUUUAGAAUGCAAAAACAUCCGUAACUAAAAAUAGCAUUGCAGGUUACAACACAGCAGUGGAGUGCACUAUAGAAAGGAAUUCAAUUUGGUACACUAUUUGCAGUGUGUUAUGAGAACUGUUCAGAUUAGAUAUGUCAACACAGUGUAUUUAUCCUACCGGUAGAGAGGUACUGUAAUGUCACAAACGUGCAGCUUUGGCCAGUUUUGUCCUAGCAGCUUCAGCCCCCCUCCUGUGCUCCCAAAGGGGAAAGAUUUCAUCCCAUUUGGCUAUGACCACAUGCAAUAAUCUCCAUCUGCCUGUUUUCAUGCCACUGGAGGUCUUGGGGGAUUCUCAAAUUAAGUUGUUAGUGUGGUAAUCAUCUACGUCACCUUUCAGGGAAUUACAAGAUUUUUAGGAAACCAACAUGAAAAAAAUAAGGUUUUUAAUUGAUUACAUUCCGAUUUUGAACAGCCCUUUUACAGUGCUAUGAACAUUAUACAGUGUGUGUGUGUGUGUGUGUGUGUGUGUGUGUGUGUGUGUGUGUGUGUGUGUGUGUGUGUGUGUGUGUGUGUGUGUGUGAGUGCGUAGAUUAAAAGACAGUAGGCUGUGGUCCAUUCUGGGAAGGGUGAGGCUCUUGCGCGGCUUGUUUUCUCUCUGGUAUAAUUAGGCUGCUGUUUCCCAGCUGUUAUAUCAGCAGCCCUCUUGUGGGAGCUUCCUUCACUGUAAUUAAGUCAAGCAAGAGAAGAGUGGUGACACAUCUCUCCAGGUGGGUAAAUAGCAGUGCUAAACACUAGCAUCCCAUACAGUACAUGGCUCUCCAUCCACACCAAUGUAGUUGGGCAUGUUUGUGGACUGUGGUCCUGUCCAAAUCUCUGGGCUCUCCUCUCCUCUCCUCUCCUCUUCUCUCCUCUUCUCUUCUCUUCUCUUCUCUUCUAUUUCGGUCAGUGCAGUUCCACAGAUGUCCCUCGGAUUGGACUUAAAGACCAUUUCUUAACAAUGUCUUAACAAUGUCGACUGGCUGACUGUGAUUGGACUUAACAAUGUCGACUGGCUGACUGUGAUUGGACUUAACAAUGUCGACUGGCUGACUGUGAUUGGGCUUAAUAAUGUCGACUGGCCUCUGACUGUGUAAACAAACUGAUGAGGUAAUCUUCAGGGUAGGUCAGAGGUCAGUGAUCCUUGGUCACACACAGUCUGAACCUCAUCAACGGAGCUGCCGUAGUGCCUUACUAAUGCUAUUAGACUACAGCUUAAAGGGGGGAUCAGUGGAGGGCUUCCACUCUAGCAGAGAGAGAAACCCCUCUGUUAUCAGAAUAGAUAGAACGUUGGAUUGUCUCAAAAACACGAGACCCGUUGGUCAUUGAAAGGGGAUUGAGGUGCACGAUCAUCUCCAGUUUGUGUGUGUGUGUGUGUGUGAGAGAGAGAGCGGUCCAUUCUGGGUUUGUUGACAGAAUUCCCCACGGCUGUCACUGAGAAGUGGGCGAACAGUCUGCUUAGCGCUGAGCUUCUCUUUAACUGUGACAGGAAUCCUGUGUGGAUAAUUGCUGGAGCGGUUUAGUGGAGAAAGCUACCUGGUGUAGCAGUUGGACUGGAUUUGUGUGCUCUUCAGAGGGAGGCUAGCAUUGUGGGCUGAAGGUAGAGGAAGCUGUGCACCUGUUGUGUGUGGUUCUCAUAACGCCAUGAACAUACAGGGGGAAGAAUGUAGCACUAUCCUGUGUAAGCAGGCAAUAAUCCUAUAAACUGGCAUGCAUACAACGACGCAAACACACAUGCACUUUCAUACUCACACACGCAUUCAAAAAAGCUGUGGUUGAGGUUUUACAGUACUCUAGCCACAUCACUUGAAGCCAUCAGACCUAGGUUGAAAUACUACACUGAACAAAAAUAUAAACCAGUCAGUAUCUGGUAUGACCACCAUUUGCCUCAUGCAAAGCGACACAUCUCCUUCGCAUAGAGUUGAUCAUGCUGUUGAUUGUGGCCUGUGAAACGUUGUCCCACUCCUCUUCAAUGGCUGUGCAAAGUUGCUGGAUAUUGGUGGGAACUGGAACACGCUGUCGUACACGUCGAUCCAGAGCAUCCCAAACAUGCUCAAUGGGUGAAGUGUCUGGUGAGUAUGCAGGCCAUUGAAGAACUGGGACAUUUUUAGCUUACAGGAAUUGUGUACAGAUCCUUGCGACAUGGGGAUUAAUCUGUGAAGAGCACACUUCUCCAGCGUGCCAGUGGCCACCAAAGGUGAGCUUUUGCUUACUGAAGUCGGUUACGACGCUGAACUGCAGUCAAGUCAAGACCCAGGUGAGCUUCCCUGAGACGGUUUCUGACAGUUUGCGCAGAAAUUCUUUAGUUUGCAAACCCACAGUUUCAUCAGCUGUCCGGGUGGCUCAUCUCAGACGAUCCCGCAGGUGAAGAAGCCGGAUGUGGAGGUCCUGGGCUGGUGUGGUUACACGUGGUCUGCGGUUGUGAGGCCGGUUGGACACACUGCCAAAUUCUGUAAAAUGACGUUGGAGGCGGCAUAUGGUAGAGAAAUGAACAUUAAAUUAUCUGGCAACAGCUCUGGUGCACAUUCCUGCAGUCAGCAUGCCAAUUGCACGCUCCCUCAAAUCUUGAGACAUCUGUGGCAUUGUGUUGUGUGACAAAACUGCACAUUUUAGAGUGGCCUUUUAUUGUCCCCAGCACAAGGUGCACCUGUGUAAUCAUCAUGAUGUUUAAUCAGUUUCUUGAUAUGCCACACCUGUCAGAUGGAUGGAUUAUCUUGGCAAAGGAUAAAUGCUCACUAACAGGGAUGUAAACAAAUUUGUGCACAAAAUUUGAGAGAAAUACGUUUUUUGUGCGUAUGGAAAAUUUCUGGGAUCUUUUAUUUCAGCUCAUGAAACAUGGGACCAACACUUUACAUGUUGCGUUUAUAUUUUUGUUCAGUAUAUUUGAAAUCUAUCUAAUACAAACUUUUUUGAGUUUUUUUGCCUGUGUGAGAGAAACAUUUGUAUUAGCAUUACUUUAAGUUUAAUAUAAAUGAAAGGUGCGUACAAUCCUGUUACUCUGGUUGUGUAAGUUGCUGUUUUCACACAACUCUUUACCUAAUUCACCACGGCUGUGCACAUCUCGUGUUCUUACCCCCACCCUCUGUACUCUGAAACUCUCGUUAUCCUCUAUUCUAAAAACAAACAGUUCUUAGAACUUGUAGGAGAACACAGAGGACUCCGAAUAUUUGGCCACCUCAUCCAUUAGAUAUCUGUUGGUUAGACACAUUGAGACAGUUGUGGUGGAACCAGCCAUGACUAAGCAUUUAUAGGUCUACUAUAUAAGACCUCUGUUUGUUUCUGUAUGUCAGAGCUCUCUGCCCAACACUCAAGAGUGUGGGGUCGACCAGCCUCAUUAUUGCAGGGCUCUCAACGAUAUCAAAUAAAGAUUGAUUGUUUGAAGAAAUGACAAAGUCUCUCACUUGAUUAGAAUUUCCACGACACCUGCCUGCCUGGAGUUCGAGGAAGCUGGGGUUUAGGAUUUUUUUUGAAUGUUCUAUUGGUUCAAUUGCAACAGGCAAGCUCAAUCAAGCACAAAUACAGUAUUUGAGAUGAUUUGCACACACUUAAUGUAUUGUGAAACCUGUUGUAAAAUGUAUUUUAAUGUUUAACAUUUUUAUUAUAAUGUAUAUUACUGCCUUAAUUUUUGCUGGCAGCAGCUAAUGGGGAUCCAUAAUAAAUACAAAUACAAAUUCAAAUAGUAUUUGAACCCAGGCCUGGAAGCCGUGUGGGUGAGGAUGACUGUUGGUGACAAGAGUGUGACAGUUUGCACUCAGGCAGACCUAUGUGACGUAUUGACACUGGGAUUUAGAGGUCAGGGAUGACCAUAUAGCAGGCAACCCCCCUUGUUAAUCCAUUCAGUGUGUAAUCCAUCUGUGUCAGUCGAACAGUGUUACACCUCAACACUGUUGAAGCUAUAUCUUUUCGGACAUUUAGGUAUGCAACGCAUCUCAUUAGUCUUUCUGAUGUUUUUUUGAGUGAUGAUGUCACUGUAUUAAAUGGAAACACUAUGAGUGCCGUUAAAACCAGAGGCAAUGAUUGCCCUGUAUGCAGGAAUCCCCAGAUGGAUAUCCACCAAACAGAGCCCACAAAGUGUUUAAUGGAGACAUAUGCUGAGCGUGUUAACAUGUUGGGACAAGCACACAAACAUGGUCUCUGGGGGAGCUAUUAAAAAGGUUGGCCAGAUUGUUUUGGAAAAUCUGUUGUUUCCAGGUUGUUUCGGUUUAUUUGUUGGGGGGAAGUAGCCUGUAUAAGAUAAUACAAAUGUUACUUUUAUUUUAUCUGACUUGUUUCUCAUUAGCAAAGGCUUCCAAAGAACCAAUAAAUACUACAAAAACAUCAUUUGCGUACUUUGAGCUGGUGGGAACCUUUAGGGAGUAAUUCCUACACUCUUUAAAAAAAGGUGCUAUCUAGAACCUAAAAGGGUUCUUCGGCUGUCCCCAUAGGAAAACCCUUUGAAGAACCCUAUUUGGUUACAGGUAGAACAAUUUUGGUUCAAGGUAGAACCCUUUUUGGUUCCAUGUAGAAGCCUUUCCACAGACGGUUCUACAUGGAACCCAAAAGGUUUCUACUUGGGGCCAAAAAGGGUUAUCCUAUGGGGACAGCUGAAGAAUGCUUUUGGAACCCUUUUUUCUCAGUGUAUAAUUCAUAGACUCUAUGCUGAAUUAACUAAAAACUCACUCAGUAUGGAUUUAGAAUGUUAUAAAAUGGUGAGAUAGUAAAUGUGUACUAUAUUCUAAAGGGGAAGGGAGUAGAACAGUGUUGUCCAACACUGACCAGUUGUCUUUUCCCCCGUCCCUCUUUCAGGAGAACCCGUACCUGUGUAGUGACGAGUGUGACGCCUCCAACCCGGACCUGGCUCACCCUCCCCAGCUGAUGCAGGACCGUGAGACCAGCGGCCUCAUCACCUACUGGCAGACGGUGACGUGGAGACGCUUCCCGGAGCCCCUGCUGGCCAACAUCUCCCUGGCCUGGAACAAGAGCCUGGAGCUGACCGACGACAUCCAGGUCACCUUUGAGUAUGGCCGCCCCACCAUCAUGGUGCUGGACAAGUCCCUGGACAAAGGGCGCACCUGGCAGCCCUACCAGUUCUACGCUGACGACUGCAUGGACGCCUUCGGCAUGCCCGCCAAGCGGGUGCAGGACCUUUCAGCAACAAAUGUGACUCGGGUCAUCUGUACCGAGCAGUACUCUCGCUGGGUGGGCUCCAAGAACGAGAAGGUGCUGCGCUUUGAGGUGAUGGCACGCUUUGCUAUCUUCGCAGGGCCCAAGCUGCUCAACAUGGACAGCCUGUACACACGCAUGGAGAGUAUGAAGGGCCUGAGGGACUUCUUCACCUUCACCAACCUGAGACUGAGGCUGCUGAGGCCGGCCCUGGGGGGAACCUACUUCCAGAGAGACAACCUCCUCAAAUACUUCUACGCUGUCUCCAACAUAGAUGUACCAGCCAGGUAA